GACAGUUGCAAGCACAGGUGCAUCUGGCUCUCUAGCCUACCAGCUUUAUAUCAUGAGUGCCUUUGAUCCACAGACACAUUCUCCACCUCGCUGUGGACCACAGUUUCCAAACAUUGGGCAAGAACCUCCAGAGAUAAAUAUCUACUGUGACAGCAUGUUCCACCCUCAGACUAUGCCUAGUCCUCAACGACCUUCAAAUUUUGAGACUGGAGAUUACAGCACUACUGCAAAUCCCUACCUGUGGCUGAAUGGGCCAUCCAUCACACCACCUCCCUACCUGCAAGGAUCCAACACCAGCCAUUUCAUGCCUCAGUCAUAUGGGAUGCAGAGGCAGCUUUUGCCUAACAUGCAUGGCUUAGGAGGAUCUGAAUUAGGCUGGCUUCAAAUUCCAUCCCAAGAAGAACUCAUGAAAUUGGUGAGACCACCUUAUUCCUACUCAGCCCUAAUUGCCAUGGCAAUACAUGGUGCUCCAGAUAGAAGACUGACACUCAGCCAAAUCUACCAGUAUGUUGCGGACAACUUUCCUUUCUACAACAAAAGCAAAGCUGGCUGGCAAAACUCUAUCCGGCAUAAUUUAUCCCUAAAUGACUGCUUCAAAAAAGUUCCGAGGGAUGAAGAUGACCCAGGAAAAGGAAAUUACUGGACUUUGGACCCAAAUUGUGAAAAAAUGUUUGACAAUGGAAAUUUCCGCAGAAAGAGAAAGAGAAAGUCUGAUACCACUGGACAGCUAACCUCUGAUAAAACAGAAGGGAGUUCACUGCCUGACAGCCCAAAAAAUGGAGAACAUCAAGACAUGCUGGAGAGUUCCUCACCGGGAACUGAUGACUCAACUGAAAAAAGACUAUCUCCACCCGCCAUAACACCAUGCCUUAACAAUUUUCUCUCUAGUAUGACUGCUUAUGUUAACAAUGCCAGUUCUGUCAGUAGAUCAGUACCACUUGGACUCAGUAAUGAAACAUCUGACAAAAUGUCACAGAACACAGCUGGUUUCAGCACAUACUCACCACUUUCAAACAUACCAAGCCAUGGAGGAUCAGACUGGUCCUCUACUGUGUCGUCAAAUCCCUUUGGUUACAGUAGUUCUUUACUAAAUCAGUUCAAUCCCCACUUUUACAACAGCAUUACAAACAAUACCCUUUUCUCCCGAGAAGGAACAGAGGUAUAAGCAUCAGAAUAAGGUAUAAAAACCUUACAGUAUACUGUAAUGAAGUAUACCUUCAUCAACAGAUAAGAAUCACUGUACCAGAUAAUCUGAAUGUUUGUGUAUGUGUACUGUAUUUAUGGAUACACACAAGCUGAUGGUCACACAAACAUACACACAAUGUAUGUACUGCAGACAAGCAUAGCAUAAAAAUCGUUUUCUGUAGUUAACUGUUCUUCAGUCACAUUGAACUGCCCUCUAGUUACACACUGCCAUUUACUGCUUUACAUUCUGUAGUGCAUACAUUUUAGAGAUGCUGUAGUUUCAAAGUAGGUAUAUUUAUCUGAAUAUUACUGUGCAAGAUGAUGCAAAUUCUCACUGUGUUGAAAGGCAAAGCUUUAGCUGAGAAACAGUUGUUAUAAGGUCUUUUUCUACAGCCUAAACUUAUAGAUGUUUACUGUGGAAUAAUAAACCUGGGUAGGGGCAACUAAUGUGGUGCAGAAGUGACUUUAAUACUUUGUCUUUCUUUUUUAAUAUAAAAUAUUUUAUAUAUUGCAUCAGACAUCACUGAGGGGAAAGGGUUAUUUUGUAAUAAAAUGUUAUCAAAUUGAUUAAGCUUGUGUAUUUGUUUUUGUCAGU